AUGGUAGACAUUGGCAAUGCCCGUAUCGCGGGAUUGGAGGUCGAUUUGGACCUCUCAUCGACACAAUACGAGUGGUUGCUAUGGGCUUUUUAUAUUACAUACAUCACCUUUGCGUGGAUGACCUUGAUGUACCGUAUCAUCCCGGCACACAUCUACAUAUCGGUGUGUAUCCUGUCCUGGGGUAUUAUCGCGUCCUUGCAAGCAAUCGUAACCUCGUUCGGCGCCCUCGUUGUCCUUCGAGCCCUGCUAGGCGUAGGAGAGGCAGCCUUUGGUCCUGGUGUCCCGUUCUUCCUUUCGUUCUUCUACCGGCGAAACGAGCUGGCAUUCCGGACUGGUCUGCAAGUCAGCGCCAGCCCACUUUCAAGCUCCUUUGCUGGAGCACUGGCAUACUUCAUCACUAAAGCGGCCAAGAAUGGUCCGUUUUCGCCUUGGAGACUAUUGUUCCUGCUUGAAGGUUUCCCCAGCUUGCUAAUCGCUAUAUGGGCAUUUGACUUUGUGCCAGAUGGUCCAGGUGUCGCAAAGUGGCUAAGCCCUCGCCAGCGAGAGGUUGCCAUGCUAAGGUUGAGGUCAGAGACGGAAAGUCAAGAUGACGAAUUCCACGACGAGAAACAUGACGGCGGACGGAGAACGGGAGGACUCGACUUUCGCGAAGUGCUUCAAACCCUCAAAGACCCCAAGUGCUACCUCACUGCUGGUAUGUUCUUCAGCUGCAACGUGGCUUUCAGCUCUAUGCCAGUCUUCAUGCCCACGAUUAUACGUGACAUGGGAUACGAAAGCAUCGCCGCACAAGGCUUGUCCGCCCCGCCGUAUCUGUUCGCAUUUCUCGUGGUUGUGACGACGGCGUAUUACUCUGAUCGAACGCAAACACGCUCGACCUUCAUCAUCCUACAUUCCUUCCUCGCAACACUUGGCUACGGAACCAUCGCAGUCUCCGGCUACAUGGAAUCCACCAACACGAUGAUUCGUUACAUGGCACUCUACCCAGCCGUGGCCGGGUUCUUCUCCGCUAUCACGAUCAUCAUCACAUGGACGCUCAACAACCAGCAGACGGACAGUAAGAAAGGCACUGGCAUGGCUAUCUUGAAUGUGAUUGGGCAGAUGGGACCCCUGCUUGGGACCAGCAUCUUCCCCGACAGAGAUGGUCCAUACUAUGUUAAGGGAAUGUCGGUUUGUGCAGCCUUCAUGUUGCUGGUUGGCGUCCUGGCAGCUGUGUUGAGAUGGGUGCUAAUCAGGGAGAACAAGAAAGCAGGCCAGGCGCAAGGCGGCGAAUAUGCUGGUGUACCGCUAGAGGAGGAUUUCCACGCCAAUCUCAAAUUUAUGGAUAUCUCUAAGUCCAGACCCGAGCCGCGAGAGCGGGCUAACUCGGUUGCUUCCCGAGCGACUACUUCACUUGAAAGCAAUGCGGACCGUCAAGAAGAGUUCGACAAAGCGUCAACCGUUGUCGGAAGCCCUCAAAACUCUCCACAGAAUGACGGCCCGAUCAACAACUUCAAACCCGAAGCUGAUCUCGAGAAGAAGCCUGGAAUGCCACAAGAAGAUGCCGCCUCAACCAAAUUUGGUGGCGAAGAAGAGGACCCGGCUGUGGGCGUGCCUAUCCACAGGGCGUCUACUCCUUCAACCGUACACAAAGCCAAGGGUGUGACCUACGAGAAGGUUGGUGAAAACGGUAUCAACCGAAUGCACAAAUUCUCUCUCUAUGAGACCAGCGCACGGUUUUACCUGGUCGGAGCGGACAUCAUGGAGAAGCAGUAUCGCGUUCUCAAGGUCGACCGCACGGCGCCGCCAGGGCAUUUGAACAUAUUCGAGGAUGACAUAUUGUACAGCCGGCGAGAAAUGCAUCAGCUUUUGAAUACCAUUGACGAAGGUAACAAGGGCACCGGCGGAAUGAAGCUCAAGUGCAGCACCUGGGGCUUGCUCGGCUUCAUCAGGUUCACGGAAGCUUACUACAUGCUGCUGAUCACAAAACGAGCGCAAGUGGCCGUGCUCGGUGGGCAUUACAUCUAUCAGGUUGACGGUACAGAGAUGAUCCCGUUGACGACUGGAUCUACCUCAAGAUUCCAGAAAGACCGAAACCCAGAAGAAGCCAGGUAUCUUGCCAUGCUCAACACAUUGGAUCUUACGCGAGGAUUCUACUUCAGCUACUCGUACAAUGUAACCAGAAGCCUCCAGCAGAACAUCAUCCGCGAACGAACAAGUGUCAAUGAAGGCAGUGACAGUCCCCAACGCGACUUUCAGGACAUGUUUGUUUGGAACCACUAUUUAUUACACCCCGCUCGCGACAGCAUGAAGAACAUGUAUGACUGGUGUCAUCCAGUCAUACACGGGUACAUUGACCAGGGUUCUAUCGAUGUCUUUGGCCGUCGUAUAUACAUGACCAUCAUCGCUCGUCGAUCACGGCACUUUGCGGGUGCUCGAUUUCUGAAGCGUGGAACGAACGACAUGGGCUACGUUGCGAACGAUGUCGAGACUGAGCAAAUUGUAUCCGAUGCACUUACGACCUCAUUCCAUGCCCCGGGUCCACGCUUAUACGCAAGCCCAACAUACACAUCUUAUAUCCAACAUCGUGGGAGUAUUCCUCUGUACUGGACCCAAGACAACACUGGUGUAACCCCGAAACCAGACAUUGACCUAAGUUUGAUGGACCCCUUCUACAGUGCAGCCGCAUUCCACUUCGACCACUUGUUCGAACGAUACGGUGCUCCGCUAUAUGUACUCAACCUCAUCAAAGCCAGAGAGCGGACACCUCGUGAAUCGAAGUUGCUUUACGAAUACAAACAUUGCAUCGACUACCUGAAUCAAUUUCUACCAAAAGAAAACAAGAUCAUAUACGAGGCAUUUGAUAUGUCACGAGCGGCAAAGACCCGAGGCCAGGAUGUCAUUGGUACGCUGGAGAACCUCGCAGAGAAAGUCCUUUGCACGACCGGUUUCUUCCACAACGGCGAGUAUGAUGUCGACGCACCACAAGUCCAAAAUGGCGUUGCUCGGACUAACUGUAUCGACUGUUUGGAUCGUACGAACGCAGCACAAUUUGUGAUUGGCAAACGAGCCCUGGGUCGCCAACUGCAUGCGCUUGGAGUCAUCGCUGGUAACACCGUCGAGUACGACUCAGAUUGCGUCGAGAUGUUUACACAUAUGUUUCAUGGCCACGGAGACGCUAUUGCUAUUCAGUAUGGUGGCUCUCAUCUUGUCAACACCAUGGCAACAUACAGGAAGAUCAACCAAUGGCAAAGCAGUUCGCGUGACAUGGUCGAGAGUUUCAAGCGCUACUAUCACAAUUCAUUCCUGGACUCGCAACGCCAAGAAGCAUAUAAUCUCUUCUUGGGCAACUACGUCUAUAAACACGGACAGCCGAUGUUAUGGGACUUGUCGACGGACUACUACCUUCAUCACGAGGAUCCACGUUCAUGGCUCGAAAAGCCACGUCCUAAUUAUAUCACUUGGUAUACACCCAGCUUUCUACAGCCUCGCUCACUCCCACAAUCGAUCACUCCAAGACUAGCGCAGGCUGUCAUAAGUGCGCGCGACGAUUACUGGCUUGAAUAUUAUCGACCACUGGCUAUUUCAUCAUUCCUCAAGAUCUUUGCUUUCCGAAUAGCUUCACCACGUCCUGGUCGGGAUGCCAGAGAUGGGACCCAUCCAGCAAGGAAGGACAACUUGUCGCCGUUCAUUCCUCGCAAAAAGCAACAUGAUGAACCGCAAGUCAAGGAUGGAAAGAAAGCUUUGCGCAAGGGAGUCACGAUCAUCGAUCCGUCUAGCGAGACCGAGUCACGCCAUGGGAGCAUUAUAGGUCGCAGGAGACGAGAGGGCAACCUGAGUCUGCAUACCGAGUCCGCAAUGACGCAUUCAAUCUUACGAGACCCUCAUUUCGAGACAGAACUGCCGUAUUCCGCACCAGCAACCACAGGGACAUUUCCAUCAUUGUCCAACUCCGGUACAACUUCCACAGGCCUAUCAUCCACCCUCAAACCCGGCUUCAAGCCUGCCGACAAAGCCCUCAUAAACCAAUGGACCCUAACACAAUUCUACGAAAAUAGCAUGAACCCCUCAGUCUCCACCACCGAAGAAGACGAAUACUCUCGCUACGUCGAACACCCGCUCAACCUCCCCCUCGUAGUCAGCAACGAAGGACCAAGCAUCAACGACCCCAGCGCGCUCGAAUACCACGACUACCUCUGUAUGACUGAAGGCGAGCCCCACGCCGUCAGAGACGCCGAUGAAGCUAGUUUCCGCCUCGCCAUGACCUCAACCCCGCGCUUCGACACUGACGCCGCCUCUCUCCGCUCCUUCGCCUCUCAACGCCCCAUGACCUCACAGUCCAUUAAUACACCCUUUUCCCACGCUCCAUCAUACUCCUACCCACCCCUGCACAACCUACACCCGCACCUUCAGCAAUUCCACCCAGAGGAGCCGCAGCCGCAAAUGUAUGCCACGCCCGGAAAAUUCGUGACGCCCGAGCAGGACGUGGAGGAGUUUGAGGAGUUUCUAAAGGUCCGCGAGAAUCCGCUGGAUGUGGAGGAUGAGGAUGGUGCGAAGAAGAGGUAUAAGGCGUAUCGGCAGUGGUUGCGCGGGAAGAGCUUUUUUAAACAGAGUAAGGUUGAUCCGGAGUGGCAGAAUCAGCUGCCUGUUAGGUAG